UACAAUUGAACUUGUGAGUUGUGACAUGUGAGUUCGAGUUGUGGCUCUAUUGUACCUACAUAGUACAUACGGUACUAAACUUUGUUUUUAUUUUUCACACAGCAAAAUAGUGAUAAGUUAUACAAAUAACACUUUUAAAGUUUCAGGUGCAUAAAAUAUGAAGAAAAAAAAUUUAAAGUUUUCAAAUCAUAGUGGCAAUCAAUUGGAUGAUGACAAUAUAAGAUAUAAAAUUAACACUCAAUACAUACACAAAAACAAAUCUAAAAAAUCUAAUCUCAAUCAGGAUGUUAAUGAAGAUAAUAUACGAUACAAGCUACCUACUUCUAAGGUUACUUCAAAUAAAAAAACUGUAACAAAGCUUAAAAGUAAACCCAAAUUAAAAGUGAAAUUUUGGAGAGAUAAAACACUACCAAUUAAAAGGCAAAAGUAUAUGUCUAGUAACAAAAGAAACUUGUUGACUCGCAGAAAACCUGAUGUUAUUGAAGAAGUAGCUAUUAAAAAGAAAACCCCAGUGGUGAGAGUUCAGAAACUAAAAAGUUCUCCUCUGGCCAACAUAUCAAGACCUGAUAUCUCUGAGAAUCACUUCCCGAUGGUCACAGUGCCUGAUGACUUGACAAUACAAUUGAAUAAUGAGAAUGCUAAUGCAUUAGUCACAGAUCUUAAUCUUGGUUUUGUUCAUGCUGAUUUAGGUGAUAAAAGAUUAAGUGAAAAAUCUAAAAAAGUUCAAAACUCAACAGCACAAACAAGCCCAGUUUUUUUUGUAGAUAAUUAUGGAACAGGUGUGGAGCCAAGAACUCAAGGAAAUGAUAAUGAAACGGAAUAUUUUUCUAAAUACAUUGUACAGAAAUUAAGAAAAAUGGAGACAACCCAGCGUAUUUACUCAGAGAAUUUGAUAAAUACAGUUCUUUUGCUGGGACAGUUGGGCGAGUUAAAUGGGAAAUUGAAAAUAGCCAAAGUCUAAUAAUAUUUUAAAAUUUUGAAAUAUUAUUUAUAUUUUGAGAGAAGUUUAUCUAACAAACAAAUAAAACAUAAUAUAAUUACUACACUCUUAGGUAACUUAUAUCUCUAGAUACACUAACAACUGAAAAUGUUGAAUAAAUUGCUCUGCGAGCUGUUAACCUCUAUUUUCAGCAACACACACAUAAGUUAGACAUAUAAAUUAUCUAAGACUACACUAUAUGAUAAACAUUGUAAGACACACAUCAAGGAUAAAGGAAAAGAAAAAUAGUUCUUUUACUUAUGAAGAGUUCCGAUACAAGAAGGUUCUGUAUGUAAAUAUUUGAAUGAGAGCAACAAAUUAGAUGAACAAGAUUUUGAGUUAGAGUUAGUAGAGAAGAGUUAAAUUGUUCAAGUUGAGAUGGGGUAAUUGUAUUUAAUAACCUUGUUAUUAAUGACUGAUUUCCUCAACUUACAAGUGUUAAAUUUUGAUGAAUAGAGGUUUUGGAAUUUAAAUUGACAAAAUUUUCAUAUAAUUUUUUUUUGUGUACUGUUUUUUUACUCACUGAGUGUGUGUAUGACAACUGAUAAUACGAAUUAAUUUUAUUACUACUAACAACUUCAUAGCAGUAAUUCAGAGGGGCAGGCUCUACUCUUGGAGAGAGACAAAAAUCAAAAGUAAGCUGUAUCUUUAAAAUUUUUUGUCAAAAUUCAAAUUUCUUAAACAAUAUUUUUUCUCUAAAUAUUACUUAUACCUAUUUAAUUACUGAUAGUAAUAGGACCAAAUAAAUAGUAUAUUAUAUUUAUUUUAAUUAAAGUAUAUAACUAUAGCAUACAACUAUCUGGAUUCAUUGAUUGAUCAAUAAUCCCAAAGGGUCAAUUUUUGCCUGUGUUUGAGAGGCUCUACUGAACUAAUAUUUAUUAGAAGUGCUACAGUCCCAAUCUACAUAGUAUGAGACAUGAAUUUGCAACCUACCCUGGCAAUAUUGACCAUUCUGUGAAGAUGACUUAUACCAAUAUUUAAUUGUUACAAGUCUUACUAUGUAGUAUUAAAAGAAAUUUGCUAAACCUUUACGUGCACUUAUGCACAGUGAAGUUGCUUAAAAUAAAUAUGACAGUGUUGUUAGGUAUUCGUAUUAAUGUGAUUGAUCUUGUGUUAGAAUUUUGGCUGCAGAGAUUGUCUACCAUGAGGUGACCUGUUUGUUUGCUCGAUUUUGCUUCCAUAUAAAGUAUAUGUCGUCAUUAAAUAUGUUUUUUAAAUAGUUUUGACAUAUUACGAAUUCUCAUUCUUAUCUGUUGAUAACUAGCAUAAAAAAUGACUUUGUUGUAACUGUAAAUAUAUUGCAAUUUCUUUUUUGUAAUUUACACUAUUAUUGGUACUUCAUAUCUUAAAUUUAAAUGGGCCUAAUGUACUUUACUCAAUUUAUUUAAUUAUGUACAACAGAAAUCAUUAUUCUAUAAUAUUAUUUUUUAUAAUACUUUCAUAUUUAAUAUAAGGAUCUCAUAGUAAAUAUAUCUAUUUAAUUGAAUAUAAUUAUAAUUAAAUAUAUCUAUUAAAUUAAAGAACAUUUUAAAUUGUGGCUAGUAUAACAUAAUUGAUAAUUAUCAAGGUUUAAUUAUAAUUAGUAUCAACAUAAUAAUUAAAAUGCUUCAGUUUUAAUUUUUUGGAAGGCAUGACUUAUUUAAUAAUUGACCUUAAAGACCCCUUUAAAGUUCAAGUAUUAUAUUAAAAUAUUUAAUAUAAUAUAUAUAAGAGUAAUGAUACUCUUUCUUACCUGCUCCAUAUGGAACAGGUAAGAAAAAAAAUUGAAUUUCUUAGGCUGUUGUGUGAUACUUGAAUGCUCCCAUAAAUUGGUGAUUCUAUUUAUACACAUGUUGAUAUAAAGAAUUCAAGCUUGAAUAUUAAAUAAAAUUUGUAUUCUGUACAAGUAUAUAUCAAUAUAAUAUAUAAUAUAAUAUAGUAUGUAAACCCCCUUAUUCAUAAUAGUCUGCUAACUUAAAGCAUUGCUCACUCUGUCUUCUGCUAUUGACCUAAGUCAGAAUGAGAAAAAACACUCCUAAGUGGCUGGUUAGCGGAUCAUUAUGAAUAAGGGGGGUAGAGUGCUGAUUAAAUCAUGGAAAUUUUAUGAUUGGGGUAGUCACACUUAUUGUCGUGCUCUCUUCAAGUGUUUAAACAUAAUGAUGUAGGUUCCGUUAUUUGUGUUCACAGAGAAUAUUAAUGUAUGGUGUUGUUAUUUUGCAUGAAAUGGUGCUAUUUGUGUCCUAAAAUGCACAUAUCAGUUAUAGUGAGUACAAAUUAAACUUUAUUAAUAUUUUGUAUCAUAUUGUAUAAUAAUAUAAAAUAGUCUUUUAUAGAGGCUUCUCAAUAAUGAUUAGUGAAUAUUGUUGAAGAUAGUUAAACUAAACUUUAUAUAUCUUUUUAAAACAGUUUGACACUUUGCACAGGAUGUUCCCUGCCGUGAAGCAGUAGUGAGCAAAUAUUAUUGUGUUUCUAUUUUAAGGGGUGUAGCUAAUGAAAUAACUAAGACUUAACAUCUUAUGCCUCAAAGUGACAAGUCCAUUUGUGAUGCUGCUCACAAUUUUUAAUUUUAAUCCUUAUCGGUACUGCAUUAUCAAUUACCACAGAUCUUGCUCGUUUCAUCACUUUUACCAUGAAAAGUUCACGGAACAGGUGGUCCUAACUGAAUGAGUCACAUUACUGUCACAGAUUCAGCCGACACUCCUUGCAGUUUGAAAUGAGGCCUUUUGUAUUGGAUGGUUGCUAAUCCACCUUUUUGAUUGUUUAACAUUUUUUUUAUAGUUUUGUGAUUACUUUGUUAAUAAAUUAUGAUAUGGAUUUAUAGUUUGGGAAUAACUGCCUUAUUGCUAUUCUACGUAGUGAUAUGAAAUCUACAUGAAAUUAAUCUUUAACAUGAAAAAACAUACUGAAACCAACAUAUAGUCAUUAUUUGGGGUAAUAUUGUUUUGUAAUAUGGAGCGAUAAUAAGUUGUUGAUUUAUUUAAUUGUAAUAAUGUUUACCUUGUUUAUCUUUACAAGACAUAAUAAAUAAUGUUGAAAUGCACAUAAUUAUAUUAUAUGUGUGUUUAUUAUUGGUUAAACAUGUUUGUUAAGUUCAGUGGUUUACAAUGAUAACAUAGAAAUGUAUUAAAAGUUUAAAAUACAAAAGUU